CAAAUAUGAAUACCCUAAAUGAAUCCUUAGAGGGGCUUAAAAGUCGCGGGUUUAAAGCCCAAACUAGCCAUUUUAUCCCGCUUGAAAACCUCCAAAAAUCCACUUCCCACAUCAUCCCUUCCAAAUCCCAAAAAAAUUCUGAAAAUCAUUUAAAAAUAAGAAAUUUCAUCCAAAAUACCCAAAAAUUCAGAUAUUUUCCACUUAACUCCAGAAAUGUCAACAAGCACCCUAGCUCAUUCAACAAGAGGUAUAAGUCCAAAAGCAGGAACACAACCUUUCCGGUACUUGACAAAAGCCAGUACGCGAACACACAGUACGGGAGGACUUGCUUUAAGAAUAAUAAAGCCAAAAUAAACAUCAUCCACAAGAUAUACCAACACCAAUCCCUUGACCGAAGCUCAACUGUUAGCAUCCCCAAACGCAAGAAAUAUGCGAAGAUUGCUUCAAAUCAGAAGAGAAACCUUAGCUCAAGAUUUGACAAUAUGGAGUCAGAACCUAGCUUAUAGAAGCACAAACUUCACAAUCAAGUGAGGAAGAACUCUAUAAGCUUGAUCCAAAAUUCUACUGAGAGUCAUUGAAUGUCUUAAAACAGAAGAAAAAGCCAAGGAAGUUAUGUAGAAAUAAGUUCAUUAAGAACAAAAAUUCAACUACAAAAAGGACUAGCCGGAACGCUAAUUUGACAUUAAGCAGUUUAACAGCGAUUGAAUUAGCUGAAAAAAUUCGAACAAAGAGUAAAUCAAUCAAAAGAAAUACCGUAAAGUCUAAAAAAUCAGAAACCAAACUGCAAAUAUCCCAGAAUUCUUCGAGUAAAAAUAUAAAACACACAAAUAAGCCAAUAUUUCCUUUCACAGAGGAAUUUCAGUCUAAUAAUCCCAGAAAGAACACAGCUCAAAAAUACAAAAGCAGAAUGAUAAAUAUUAGUAAGCCGUAUAUGGCCAAAACAUAUUACCACAAGAAGAGUAAUUCAAGGUCGAGACAGAAUGAUAUAACACUUAACGAGAAAGGUAUUCUAUCCUUUAUUGUUGCAAAGACUCAGAGAGCAACUCAGGAUAGCCCAGAUAUUACAAAGGGUUCCAAAUUUUUGCCUCUAAUGAGGAAAGCAAGGCUCAAAAAGUUAUAAGCCCCAUUAACAAUCCUAAGAUUUGUUCAAUAUUCUCAUAAUUU